AUGGCUGACACAAUAGUUUAUGAUCUCUUGAAGCAGUUGGGUUCCUUCGCUGCUCAGCAGUCAAUACAAGAGAUAAACUUAAUUGUUGGUGUUGAUAAAGAAGUCAAAAAGCUUAAAGACAAUCUGGGAAUCAUCCAGGAUAUGCUGGACGAUGCCAAGGAAAGGCAAGUGAAGCAGCGUACUGAGAAGCAUUGGGUAGAGCAGCUCAAAAAUGCAUACUACGAGAUGGAUGACGUGUUGGACAAGUGGGACACUACAAGGAUCAAAUCAAAGAUUGAGAAAGCUGAUAAUACUCCAGCUAUGAACAUGUCGAUAUGCUCCUUCUUUCCCUCCCCAUCACUUUGUUGCCGUCAUGUUAGAAACCUUCCUCUACGUUAUGACAUUGGUCACAAGAUUAAAAAACUUAAUGAAACAUUAAAUAUGAUUGCCAAAAGCAUAGUGAAGUAUAGGCUUUGUUAG